CCUCUCCUUGCUGGACACUAAUUUACCGGCUGAAGCAGAGACUGAACUGCGCAGUUUUAUCGCUAAGCGUCUUACUAAAGGAGCCCUGUUUGAAGGAAUGGGGAAUGUGGCAUCAGUGGCACUGAGCAUACCAGAAUAUAAAGUUGGUUGUUAUUACUGUCGUUUCCAACAAGAAAAUAUUCUAGAAAUGGCUACACUGGAGUCAGACAUCAAUGUUCCAGAAUAUGUGGUUUGUUUCUUAGGUGGUUCAGAGAAAGGUCUAGAACUUUUCAGACUUGAGCUGGACAAAUACAUUCAAAGUCUGAAGAUAAACCUUGAUUUGGAGCAAAAACCUUUGGAGACCUACGUUAACCCCUACUUGAGAAGCUGGUUUGAGAAUGCCAUAUGCCCUAUUCAGAGAGUGGUACAGCUCUUCCAGGAGAAACUUGCCUUUUUGUUGCACGCUGCUUUGAGUUAUACUCCUGUAGAAGUGAAAAAUGCAGAUGAAACAACAGAAAAAGACAUCAGCAGGUUUCUGGCUGCUGCCAGCCUCCAAGGACUUGUUCAGGAAGGCACCAUGACCUCCUUGUGUAUUGCCAUGACUGAGGAACAGCACAAGUCAAUGAUUAUAGACUGUAGUGGACCUCUGCCUCAGCUGCAUAAUGCAGGAAGCAACAGAUUCUGUGAGGACUGGAUGCAUGCUUUUGUGAAUGGUGCAGAAGGUGGAAAUCCAUUUCUCUUCCGACAGAUUCUGGAAAACUUUAAAUUGAAGGCUAUACAAGACAUUAACAACCUGAAGAGGUUUAUCCGCCAGGCUGAAAUGAACCACUACGCCUUGUUCAAGUGCUACCUGUUCCUAAAGAACUGUGGCAGUGGAGACAUCCUUCUGAAGAUUGUGAAAGUGGAACAUGCAGAAAUGCCAGAAGCCAGAAACGUAGUGACAGUCCUUGAGGAAUUCAUGAGAGAAACAUCAGUGGCUUAA